GUGUCCAGUGCACUGUCGCCUUGACAUUUCAUUUCGUUUCAUCAAUAUCCGUCGUGCACUCCUCGUUCCAUUGUGCGGCCGACCGCUCGCCUUCUCAGCAACUAUGAUGAAGUCGAUUGGCGCACUCGUUGGCUUUGCGGCUCUUGCGACAGCUGCCGUGAUCGAUCCGACCGCUGUGAGCGAGCGCGGAGUAGACUAUUGCGUGCUUAAUAUCGACAAAAGCAAAGUCAUCGCUACUUUUGGGGUGCAGCUCAACGCCAACGGCAUCGGCAUCGAGUCGAUCUUCAAUGUCCUCCCGAACACUGGAGGAGGCCCAGCACAGCAGAGCGGCGCAAACAUCUACCCUGAUGGCGUUCUUGCCGACUAUCAUGGCUUCGCAAAUGUUCAGCGCCAGGCAGUCCAGAUCAACAUGUGGCAGGGCGACUUUUAUGGCAUUCGCCUGGAAAUCGGCACGAAUGCUCCCAACGGCUUCGUCUUCUUCGACGUGAGCUUCUAUACUGUCAAUGGAGCUAUGCAACUUAAUCCUCCUGUUGGCAUGAGCUGCUGGUUCAACGGUAUCAAGGCUGACAUCUGGCAGUCAAAAGACUUCAAGUAA